AUGCUACGGCCACUUAUCUCUGAAAUGGACAUUAGGUAUGAAAAUCAUUUAAUCAAUAUUUUUCAAUAUGAGUUUUUUUUAAGCACAACUGGUUAUCAUUCAUCAAAAAGAAUCGAUUCAAGUGGUCGAUCAAUUAAAGGUCGUGGUUUUAUGUGGUAUACUGAAAAAAGUCGUUCAAGAUCACAUACACCACCACAUUGGCGUUCAGCUGUUGAAGAUCGUAAAAGUCGGCAUACUGAUAAAGAAAAACAUAAUAAUACUAGAGAAGAUCUACAUUUAGGUCGACAUGAAAGACAAAGACAUGAUGAUCAUCAAACUGAAUCAAGAUUGCGACAUAAAUAUCAAUCAAGAUCUCGAAGUCCAGAUAACCAUCGGUCAAUCAUCACUAAACAUAAGGAAAAUAAUGUAUCGAAUAUUUCUCAAAAAAGUCAUCCAUCAUCAUCAUCACCACC